AUGCAUUCAAUUGUCUAUUUCAUUGCCAUGAUAGAUCCAGGACGGACGGCUUUUAAACACUCCAAUGGCGAGCCUCAGACUCCUAAAACCCCGACUUCUGCGGGCUUUGGCGAGUCGGCCUUCCAAACCCCAAAGCUAGAGUCAAGUUUCUACGACCCUCGAGUCACUUGGAAUACCGCAGACCCUUAUGCUUCAAGCCCCGAAUUUCUAAAAACCCCUCAACGAUUCGGCUUGACCACCCCUUCUAACCACAAAAAUGGUCCUCAUGGCGUAACCAACCGGGAUUCAACCCUCGACCCCUUUUCCUCCUCCUCGUUUGCACUGAAUCUGUCCCCGCAGCUGGAACGGACUUCGAUCUCUGGCAGGGCUAGGGCUGGUAACAAGACGAAUGGCAGAACGAGCAAGGGCAGCAAUAAGUCCGCGAAGAAACAAACAGCAGAUCAGGGAAAAGGUGAUGAUAAGGACUCCACUGACUCCGAAAAAGGAUCAUCAGCGGCAUCGAUGCAAACCCCUCCCCCGACCAGCACUGGCAGGGUAAAGAUGCAAGACAGAACCAACCCCGGGAAUACCAAUUCAGCUGCCGGAAAUGUCAACUGCAACAACAGGAACAAUGAUCAUCAGACUAUGGAGGCACCUGACUCGAGUUAUCUAGAGACUCCAAGCCGUGUUGUUGGGAUGUCUGCUAACCUAUUUGAUGCUCAAUCCCCUAACCUAUUCCAGAUGGCUGCUGCCUCCACGGACUCUCCGUUUUACCCCCAAAACCGGCUGUUUUGGGACCAGGAUACACAGUUCCCAGCUGACUCGUUAGGUAUGACUGACACAUAUGGAGAUCCAUUCGGUACCCCAACUCGUACCUCUGCUUUUGAUGCAUUUGACCAGAAUCAGAUGCACAAUAAUGACCUCCAGGUGCCCUCAUUCCAUACAAUGCAUGGCACUCCUGGGAUGGAACCAUUUAGUGAUAGCCACGUUUACCAUACGACAACAAUGAGACCUCUAGACUCCAGUCUCUUUCCUACUGCGUUUUCGACAUCCCCUCGUCUUGCUACUGUACGGGAUGAGGAUCCUGCGAUGUUCUUGAGCUCUCCUGCACGGAGAUUCGGGUUUUCAGAACCAAAAAUGCCUCAAGAUACACCUCCUAGAGCCGAGACCAGGCAACCGUAUCAUCACCAAACCGAGGAGUCCAAGCGUGAGAAACGAUUGAAAGAGUUGAAACGGGCUAGAAGUUUGGCUCGUCGUAAAGCUGAGGCUGCCAAUGAGGUUGUUGAUGCCCUACGUCAGUCACGAUCUUCACAACAUCUCUCUAGACACGGUUCAAUACAUUCAUCACUCCCGCAUAGUCGCCAUCCCAGCGGGCAUUCAUCCUUCGGUGCCAGUGUCGGUGCCGGCCCCUUCGACAGUGGCGUAAGAAAAACCCCUGCCAAAGGUCGUUUGUCGCCGUUAAAAAGUCACGCAUCACCGUUUCCCCGCCCUUGUUCGGCUACUUUGUCAACUCCAGUUGAAUCAGUUGUUUUAAAAAUUGGCAAGGAUGGGAGAGCCAAAACUGAAAUGACGAUCGAAACUGAGCCUCUCACAGGUUUUGGCCGUGGUCUAGGGGUGGAUCUGGAUGAAUCAUCCACUGAGAGUGAGACCGACUCUUCAGAUGAAUCAGAUUUUCCAAUCGCCUACAGUGCAAACACUUCUUUUAAAAUACACCCCGAUAUUACUCCACGACGGCCUGGUGUUUCUCGUGCACGUUCGACCUCACGUCCCCAUUCUAAAAGUUCAUCCUACUCUUCUACCGUAGCUUCUCCACACUCGGGACGACAUUCCCCUUGGGCAACCUCAUCUCAUGGGAGUGGAAGGCUUCCACAAUUACAUACUCAGCAAAACGGCUGGAUAACAUCUCGUACACACACCAACCCUGCAGGAGGCCACUCGCGCGACCAGUCUAUAGCAGAGUCAGAGCUAACUCAAGCUGAUGACGAUAUGGGUGACGCCCAACAUGCACUCAAACAGGUAUUGAAGAGCAGAAAUAGGCAAGCAAGGCAACCGGCACCUCUCUACAGCCAAAGGACACGCUCUUCACAAGCUCUAUCAACAUUGAAAUCAUCUCCUCCAGGUUUUGGCGGAAAUUUUGACUCCUGUCGAGAAGAUAUUAGCUCGCCUACAACCGUGACUGACCCGGACUUUGCGACUCCAACCGCUGAACGACAGAGUAAUCCAAGCAAUGGGACUAGAUGUGUUUGUAAUUCUAUGGAUAAUGUGAAUCCUGCACGCAUUGGCUUCAUACCAAAUGUGUUGGCCUCGACCGACAGAGUCUACCACCUGUAUACAUUUGUAUAUAUUGCAGUCAGACCCCUAUGA